UUCACCAAAAUUACCCCUCAUUUGACGGAAUCCCCAAAAUUGACCCAAAUUGACCCGAUUUUUAAAAAAAAAACCCUAUUCCCUAUUUUAACCCAAUGACCCGACCCUCCAGAGGAUAACCCAUUCCCCUACCGUCCUACAAAGUCCGUACAUGCCUCAAAACUAUAACCGAUCUAAAAUAAUUAGUCGAACAGGUUACGUGCGAAGUAAUCCCAAGGAAGAAAUUCUCUUUCAAAAACGAAUCAACGAAGAAAAUCACAACGCAAAACAACAUCAUAUCAGAAGUUCCAAAUGUGGAAUCAAAGGAUUCAGUGUUAAGGGUUUUGGAUUCGCCAAGGUUUAGGGGCAAAGAAAAUGAGGUAUUAGUGAAGGAAUUCGGUAGGGGUAAUGAUGAAGAGAUCAUGGAAUUUGUUUUAUCAGAUUUAAAGGGUUGAGAUGUGAGAUUAAUGGGGGAGUGUGAGGGCAUUGUUUGUGCAUAAAUUGAUUGAUUGUAAGGUAUAUGUUGGACCUGUUUUUGGGUCAGUGUUGAUUGAAGAAGUAACGAAUUGUGUGUUCGUUAUGGCUUCACAUCAGAUUCAGAUUCAUCAAGCUAAAAGAUGUGAUUUUUAUCUUCGAGUGCGGAGUACGCCGAUUAUCGAGGAUAGUGAUGGUGCAAGGUUUGCACCAUAUUGCUUAAAGUAUGAAGGGAUUGAGAAGGAUCUUGAGGAAGCUAAUCUUGGUGAAGAGACAGGGAAUUGGUCGAAUGUAGAUGAUUCUAAGUGGUUAAGAGCAGUGCAGUCUUCAAAUUGGUCAAUUUUGCCGGAAAAUGAACGCGCUGGCACAGUUGAUAUGGAAGAACAAUCAGAGGGAAGAGAAAUGAAGAACAACGGGUUAGAGGGGUCGGGGCAGGUCUGGGCAUUGGGUUAAAAAUAGGGAAUAGGUUUUUUUUUAAAAAAAUUCGGGUAAU